AUGGCAAUACUGCAUCGUUCCAUUCCUUGCAGUGCCCCAUACAUUCCCGCACACGCACAUGUUACAAAUCCUCGUCUCAACUACAACUUUGGGGCCAAAAUUACUGUGACGUGCAAUGCCAGUUCGGAUACCUUCAACCUUCAGUGUCAUAACAAAGGACUUUGGAGUGGACCUAUUGUAUCCUGCCCUGAAUCGACGGCUCUUCCGACGAACUGUAAUGCUCCUUCAGUCCCGAGAUACUCAACGCUCGAAACCCUCAGUCCGAAUUAUAACCUUGGAGACAGUGUGACAUUCCGAUGUGACAAUACCAGCAUUCAACCGUUUAGUCUUCUGUGUGAAACCACUGGGCUAUGGAGUGGACCAAUGCAGUCGUGCCCGCCACCCGUCUCAGCCCCUACACGAUGCACUAGUCCAUAUAUCCCAAAGUAUGCAUCAGCUGAAAACAUACGUUUGGUUUACAGCAUCGAUGAGAGUGUAACAAUCACCUGUGACAGCAAUACAGACAGGUCGUUUACACUUCAGUGCAAAUCAGAUGGGUUUUGGACGGGUGGUGUCCAGUCUUGCCCACCGCCGUUAGAAGCUCCGGAUAAGUGCAGUGCCCCUUACGUUCCAAGAUAUGCAUCGAUUCAAGGCCUGCAACUGAAUUAUGACUAUGAUGACAGUAUUAUUGUAACAUGUGACAGCAGCACUGCUCAGUUUAACCUUCGGUGUGACACGAAAGGUCAAUGGAGUGGCCAGGAGGUUUCUUGUCCUGCACCUACCCCAGUUCCGGAGAAGUGCAGUGCCCCUUAUGUUCCAAGUUAUGCAACUAUUCAAAACCUGCAACUGAAUUAUGACUAUGGUGACAGUAUUACUGUGGCAUGUGACAAUAGCAGUGCUCAGUUUAACCUUCGGUGUGACACGAAAGGUCGAUGGAGUGGACAGGAAGUUUCUUGUCCCGUACCUACCCAAGCCCCUACACGAUGCACUAGUCCAUAUAUCCCAAAGUAUGCAUCAGCUGUAAACGUUCGUUUGGUCUACAGCAUCGAUGAGAGGGUAACAGUCACCUGUGACAGCAAUACAGACAGGUCGUUUACCCUUCAGUGCAACUCAGAUGGGUUUUGGACGGGAACUGUCCUUUCUUGCUCACAGCCGAUAGAAGUUCCGGAAAAGUGCAGUGCCCCUUACGUUCCAAGAUAUGCAACUAUUAAAAACCUGCAACUGAAUUAUGAGUAUGGUGACAGCAUUACUGUGGCAUGUGACAAUAGCAGUGCUCGGUUUAACCUUCAGUGUGACACGAAAGGUCGAUGGACUGGUCAGGAAGUUUCUUGUCCCGUACCUACCCCAGCCCCUAUACGAUGCACUAGUCCAUACAUCCCAAAGUAUGCAUCAGCUGUAAACGUUCGUUUGGUCUACAGCAUCGGUGAGAGUGUAACAAUCACCUGUGACAGCAAUACAGACAGGUCGUUUACUCUUCAGUGCAACUCAGAUGGGUUUUGGGCGGGUAGUGUCCUUUCUUGCACACAGCCGAUCGAAGCUCCGGAGAAGUGCAGUGCCCCUUACGUUUCACGAUAUGCAACCAUUCAAAACCUGCAACUGAAUUAUGACUACGGUGUCAGUAUUACUGUUGCAUGUGACAGCAGCAAUGCUCAGUUUACCCUUCAGUGUCGCACGAAUGGUCAAUGGACAGGUCAGGUGGUGUCCUGUCCUAGACCUCCACAAUCUCCAUCUCAAUGCAGUGCUCCUGUUAUUCCCAGACAUUCUACCAUUGCAUUCUACCGAAUAACCUACAACUCAGGUGAUGACGUGAUUGUAACUUGUGAUGCAAGCAACGAUCGUUUUACCCUUCAUUGUAACAACAGUGGAACGUGGAGUGGACCAGAAAUGUCUUGUCGAGAACCAGCCAAACCUCCACCACUUUGCAGUGCACCUCAUAUUCCGAGAUAUUCCGAGAUUGAGAGUUAUCAAUUGAACUAUAAUUACGAUGACAGAGUGACAGUGACAUGUGACACGAACAGUGAUCAGUUCACUUUACGGUGUCAGGCAAGUGGAUUAUGGGAUGGCCCUGAUAUAUCCUGUGCAGCACCGACAUUGCCGAUAAUACCAGGUCCAUUUCCUCCAUCGCAUGCCUCCUGCAGUGCACCAGCAGUGCCUAUUGAUUCAACCAUUCAGAAUCUUCGUCUCUCAUACAAAAACGGUGACAGGAUGAACGUGACAUGUAACGUUGGUUCUGAUUGGUUCGACGUGUCAUGUGACGAUGGAAUAUGGAUAGGCCAAAACAUAGUUUGCCCUGACCCUCCCAAAGAAUGCAAUCCACCAAUCAUCCCCGUCGUCUCAUUCGUUGAAAAUGUUAAGCCUCGCUACAAGAUUGGUGACCAAGUCAACAUCACAUGUAACGACGACUCUGAUUGGUUCGCUUGGGAAUGUCACACAGAUGGCUUGUGGCGAGGGAAUUCUGUCCAGUGCUCUACUGAUUGUCCACCAACCGGAGGAGGAAAACCUACAUUUCCAGAGCGCAUUGCAUAUUCUAGUAGUGAGCAAAAGGGAAGGGAUUACUUUAUCACCGGUCUUCUGGUUACAGCUGUCAUCUUAUUCAUCCUUGUUUUGAUGUGUAUGGCUGCGUUUGUUAUCUUCAUGAGAAACCGUGGCUAUGAUUUAGCAACAUCAUCGAAAGACACACUUCAAGAUGAGAAGGGAUCCAGAGGACCUCUUCCUGACGUCCCUGACGGUUAUGCCAAGUACAUUGGAGGUGACCAGUCACUCUAUGUCGAACCAUAUCUCAAAGAAAAUGGAGAUCCCAUUCGAAGCUAUGAAGUCUACGAAAAACCAAUUUGAAUAAAUUACUACCAGUUUUAGAUUCGGUGUGCACUUUAUUUAGGAAAACUCCACUCUCUUUUAUUGACCUUCUUUUAUACUUAUGCUGUUGUUCUAUGGUGUUGUUUAGUUGUUAUAAAUUUUGAUUAAUAUUUCCCUCAAAUGUUAGAAGUUAUUUCACGCAGUCAUUCCCCAUUCCUUACUUAUUUACAUGUACAUUCAAUAUAUGAAAAUGGCAUACCAUUUAUCCCCUCUUCUUUUUUAUAAUGCAUUCGUUGUUGUCUUGGAUCCACAACUGAAUCCACUGAAUAUCUUGUUAUGUUGCACUCAAUAAAAGUUAUAAACGUAUAUGUUGAUUUAUGUCAUGAUUGUUCAAGUAAGAAUAUGAAGAAGACCGCUAUCGCUCUUGUAUCCUAUUUGUAUUAUUGAGAUAAUUUUAAGAUGAGGUUAAACCAUUUUUGCUCUCUGUAUAGUAGAUAGGAGAUGUAUACAUCAAGAUAAAGAACGUAUUUCCUCAUAAUGAUAAUUUAUUUUCUUUCUAAAAACAUGUCCAGGUUAAUAUAAAGUUGUACAAUAUUUAGUUAAUUGAUGGAUUUAAUAUCAAGGAAUCCAUCAAUACCAAAUGAGAUUGCCUUAAUGAAAAACAAAACAAAACAAUUGGUCAACUUCCAAUCCAUUUCACAGAAAUUCCUUUGGCUAGGCAUAUGUGUAUUUUUCACUAAAAAGAAACGACUAAAUUUAUUUUUUGCACCCCUUGAAA